AUAUAGUUAUUUUCCUUCUGAAGUUUCUCCAUGGCGGUGGACACAAAGCACUGAGACCGUGGAAGUCUGCGUUAGGGCAAGGACAAUAAUUCUGGAAGGAACAAACGCAUUUUUAAGGAGAAGCAAUUGAAAGUUUUCCGUAUGGUUUUACUUGUUUUUAUCAAGAUUGCGGUAACUGGGUAGUUACCAAUAAGUUGAAAGUUCAACGGUGUAAUAGAGGAAUUCGUGUAGUUGUAGCUUAAGUUUGAAACGGCUUUUAGAAUAGCUGAGAAUGGGUUGGUUUAUUCAAGUUUUGUUUUCAUUUACUUGUUUGGCUGUCUUCAGCCACAGUGCUAUGGAUGAAUGCACUGACGAUUCGAGUCGUCCUCAGCGAUGCAUGCCAGAGUUUGUCAACGCUGCUUUCAAUGUCACUGUGGUAGCUACCAAUACUUGUGGCUCUCCACCAGAAGAAUACUGCGUACAAACCGGGGUUACGGGGGUCACCAAGUCGUGCCACAUCUGCGAUGCCAGGGAUCGCAGACAACACCACAGUGCUGUGUACCUCACCGAUUACAACAAUCAACAGGACACCACCUGGUGGCAAAGUCAAACUAUGUUAGCGGGCAUCCAGUAUCCACACUCAAUCAAUCUAACUCUUCAUCUUGGCAAGGCUUUCGACAUCACUUACGUGCGACUCAAGUUCCACACCAGCCGCCCAGAGAGCUUCGCCAUCUACAAGCGUACAAGUGAGGAUGGACCAUGGACGCCUUACCAGUACUACAGUGGCUCCUGUGAGAAGACCUACCAGAAGACCAACAGGGGCUUCAUCCGCACCGGACAGGACGAACAACAGGCCCUCUGCACAGACGAGUUCAGCGACAUCUCACCCCUGACUGGAGGAAACGUCGCCUUCUCCACCCUUGAAGGCCGGCCCAGUGCUUACAACUUUGACAACAGCCCAGUUCUUCAGGAAUGGGUGACUGCCACAGAUAUCAAAGUGACCCUGAACAGGCUCAACACAUUCGGAGAUGAAGUUUUCAAUGAUCCCAAGGUCCUGAAAUCCUACUACUACGCUAUCUCAGACUUUGCAGUGGGAGGAAGGUGCAAGUGCAAUGGCCAUGCGAGUGAGUGUGCGAAAAAUAACGGUUUCGGCAAGCCGGUAUGCAACUGCAAGCACAACACGGAGGGCGAUGACUGCAAUGUGUGCAAGCCGUUCUACAACGACCGUCCCUGGAGGAGAGCUACAGCCAAUAACCCUAAUGAGUGUCUGCCGUGCAACUGUAAUGGCAAGAGUGCAGAGUGCUACUUCGACUCUGAGCUCUACCGUGACACCGGCCACGGAGGACACUGCCGCAACUGUGCCGACUACACAGACGGGCCCAACUGUGAGCGCUGCCUGGACAACUACUACAGAGACACAUCUGGCACCCGCUGCCUGCCCUGCAGCUGCAACCCAGUAGCCUCUCUGGCUACUCAGUGUGACAACACAGGACGCUGCAGCUGUAAACCCGGUGUGAUGGGGGACAAGUGUGACCGCUGCCAACCUGGCUUUCACACGUUGACCGAAGCAGGCUGCAGACCUUGCUCCUGUAACCCUUCCGGAAGCACACAGGAGUGUGAUGUCCAGACAGGCCGUUGCCAGUGCAAGGACAACGUGGAGGGCUUCAGCUGUGACAGGUGUAAGCUGGGCUACUUCAACAUGGACCCGCAGAACCCUCAGGGUUGCACUCCGUGCUUCUGCUUCCAGCAUUCCUCUGUCUGUGAGAGCGCUGAAGGCUACAGCAUUGACACAGUCUCCUCCACCUUCGACCGAGAUGAUGAGCAGUGGACAGGCCAGCAGCGUGACAGCUCCAGUGUUUCAGUCCAGUGGUCCACUGGUGGGGAGAUCUCCCUCAUCUCCGAUGACUACUUCCCAAUGUACUUUGUGGCUCCAGAGCGAUUCCUGGGCAAUCAGCUGCUGAGCUACGGCCAGAACCUCACCCUGAACUUCCGGGUGGACAGGAGAGACACACGUCUCUCAGCCGAGGAUGUGGUUCUGGAGGGGGCUGGUCUCAGAGUGGCUGUGCCUCUCAUUGCUCAGGGAAAUGCCUAUCCUGGAGAGAACAUGCAGACGUUUGUGUUCAGGCUCCACGACAGCACAGACUACCCCUGGAGGCCCACCCUCACUCACUCAGAGUUCCAGAAGCUUCUGCACAAUCUGACGUCCAUCAAGAUCCGUGGCACCUACAGCGAGAAAAGUGCUGGUUACCUUGACGAUGUGAAGCUGAUCACGGCGAGGAGAGGUCCCGGGAGCCCGGCUCGCUGGGUAGAGAAGUGUACCUGCCCUCAAGGCUACGUGGGACAACACUGUGAAAGGUGCGCCCUGGGAUACAGGAGGAGCAGACCAGACCUGGGGCCCUUCAGUUCCUGUGACUCCUGCAACUGUAACGGACACAGUGACACGUGCAACCCCGACACAGGGAUGUGUGACUGCCUACACAACACAGCUGGGCUCAGUUGUGAGAGAUGUAAAGAUGGUUACUAUGGAGACUCCACUGUGGGGAGUUCCAGCGACUGCAAGCCCUGCCCCUGCCCCGGAGGAUCCACUUGUGCUGUUGUGCCCAAGACCAAGGAGGUUGUCUGCACCAACUGUCCUACUGGAACCACAGGCAAGCGCUGUGAGCUGUGUGAUGACGGUUUCUUCGGAGACCCACUGGGGGGGAACGGGCAGGUGAGGGUCUGUCGGGCCUGUAAGUGUAGCGACAACAUCGACCCCAACGCUGUAGGCAACUGUGACAGAGAGACCGGGGAGUGCCUCAAGUGUAUCUACAACACAGACGGCUUCUUCUGUGACCGUUGCAAAGAGGGCUUCUAUGGAAACCCGCUGGCCACCAACCCCAACGACAAGUGCAAAGCCUGCUCCUGCUCUCCAUAUGGCACAGUGGACAGACAAACCAGCUGUCUACAGGUCACAGGCCAGUGCCAGUGUUUCCCCCACGUCACCAACAGGGACUGCAGCGCCUGUCAGCCUGGCUUCUUCAACCUGCGGAGCGGAACAGGCUGUGAACAAUGCAACUGCAAUUCUAUUGGGUCCACCAACGGUCAGUGUGACAUCGGUUCCGGUCAGUGUGAAUGCCAGCCCGGCGUCACCGGUCAGCGCUGUGAACGCUGUGAGGUCAACUUCUUCGGCUUCGGAUUGUCAGGCUGCAAACCGUGCGACUGUGACCCUGAGGGCUCCUCGACAGCCCAGUGUAAAGAAGAUGGCCGCUGUGUGUGCCUUCCAGGCUUUGUGGGAGCCAGGUGUGACAUGUGUGAGGAGAACUACUUCUACAACCGCUCUACUCCCGGCUGCCAGCAGUGUCCGUCCUGUUACUCCCUCGUCAGAGACAAGGUGAACCAGCAGAGACAGAAGCUGCAUGACCUGCAGACUUUGAUUGACAACCUGGGCUCCAUGUCAGAGACUGUGAGUGACAAGGCGUUUGAGGACCGACUGAAGGAGGCAGAGAAAUCCAUCAUGGACCUACUAGAAGAAGCUCAGACCAGCAAAGAUGUGGACAAAGGCCUGCUGGAGCGCCUGGGGAAACUGAACAGCACACUGACCACUCAGUGGAAUCGUUUGCAGAACAUCAGGAACACCGUGGACAACACUGGAACCCAAGCCGACAAGGCCCGCAACCGGGUCCGAGAUGCCGAGAACCUGAUCGGCCUCGCCCGCGAGGAACUGGAUAAGGCCAAGGAUGCCAUCAGCAAACUGGACAUCAAAGCACCCUCCAUCAGUGCAGAUCCUAACAACAUGACCCUUCUGGCAGAGGAGGCUCGCAAUCUGGCCGAGAAACAUAAAAUGGACGCGGAUCAAAUUGAGAAGAUCGCAAAAGAUGCCAAUGACACGUCCACCAAGGCUCUCAACCUGCUGACAAAGACUCUAGAUGGCGAGGGCAAGACCAACCAAGACAUUGAUGAGCUCAACAGGAAGUACAAUGAGGCAAAGGACCUGGCCAAGAACCUGGAGAAACAGGCCAACAAGGUGCAUGCUGAGGCAGAGGAGGCAGGCGACAAAGCCCUGAAGAUCUACGCUAACCUGACAAGCCUGCCACCUUUCAACACCAAAUCACUGGAGGACGAAGCGAGCAAGAUCAAGAAGGAAGCGUCUGACCUGGACAAGCUGAUUGACAAGACCGAGAAAGAGUACAACGACUUGAGGGACGAUCUGCGAGGGAAGGAGACUGAGGUCCGCAAGCUGCUGGAGAAGGGCAAGACGGAGCAGCAGACUGCCGAUCAGUUGCUGGCUCGUGUCGAUGCUGCCAAAGCGCUGGCUGAGGAGGCCGCCAAGAAGGGGAGGACCACCUACCAGGAGGCCCAAGACAUUCUGGGAAAUCUGAGAGACUUUGACAAGCGGGUGAAUGACAACAAGACGGCAGCUGAGGACGCCAUGAAGAGAAUCCCAGAGAUCAACGCUACCAUCAUCGCGGCCAAUGAGAAGACCAAGCAGGCUGAGGGGGCGCUAGGCAACGCAGCUGCAGAUGCCAAGGAGGCCAAGAGCAAGGCAGAGGAGGCAGAAAAGAUAGCCAGCGCUGUGCAGAAGGGUUCUGCUAAGACCAAGGCGGAUGCAGAGAAGGCCUUUGAGGACACUAUGAUGCUGGAUGGGGAGGUGAACGGCAUGAUGGACCAGCUGAGUGCAGCCGAGGCAGAGCUGGCCAAGAAGAAAGCUGAGGCCGACCAGGACAUGAUGAUGGCUAGCAUGGCAUCGGACAAUGCGAAGGAAGCGGAGGACAACGCCCGCAAAGCCAAGAGUGCAGUCAGGACCGUUCUCAACACCAUCAACGACCUGCUCAAGUCACUGGGCAACAUUGACAAGGUGGACCUGAGCAAGUUGGGCUUGAUUGAGGGGUCACUGAAGCAGGCCAAGGACAAAAUGGCGAACAGCGACCUGGACCGCAAGCUGGCGGAGCUGAAUGAUGUGGCCAAGAGCCAGGAGGAGAUGAUCACCGACUACGACAGGCAGAUCAGGGAGAUCCGGUCUGACAUCGCCAACCUCAACGACAUCAAGAACACUUUACCUGACGGCUGCUUCAACACCCCAUCCCUAGAGCGACCUUAACCCCCUCUCUCUCCACCACCUGUACCCUCCUUCCUCAUAUCCCGUCUGUACCGCUCCUUCCUCAUAUCCCGUCUGUACCGCUCCUUCCUCAUAUCCAGUCUGUACCGCUCCUUCCUCAUAUCCCGUCUGUACCGCUCCUUCCUCAUAUCCCGUCUGUACCGCUCCUUCCUCAUAUCCCGUCUGUACCGCUCCUUCCUCAUAUCCCGUCUGUACCGCUCCUUCCUCAUAUCCCGUCUGUACCGCUCCUUCCUCAUAUCCCGUCUGUUCCGCUCCUUCCUCAUAUCCCGUCUGUUCCGCUCCUUCCUCAUAUCCCGUCUGUACCGCUCCUUCCUCAUAUCCCGUCUGUACCGCUCCUUCCUCAUAUCCCGUCUGUACCGCUCCUUCCCACGUCUAACACUCGGGCAGAAUGCCACCUUUUUACCAAAACGUUUUUUUCUUUCUUUUUUUUUCUUUGCUUUUUCUUUGUUUGGCUUUUCUUUUUUUUUUACAAGAGAAGCUAAGUGUCAUGGUUUUAAAGAAAGAGAAGAAGCCGCUUUGACAUGCAGAAACGUGAAAUGAACUAAGGGCAGUCGACAAACAUGCAUCCAUUCUCCUUCGGUGCAGCAGGUUAGGAGAGGUGUGGCAUACCUCGCUCCCGAGUAAUGAAAACCCACAUGACUGCACCACCUCCAGACUUCCUACACUUCUACGUGGAGGACCGUUACACCGUCUUGUUUCAUCACAACCUAAACCACCCCGACAGAAAACAAGGAGAAAUGUCCUCAGCCUUUUCAGAUGGGUGCAUGUCAUAUGAUAUAGCAUUUGUUUUAUUUGAUAUGAUAUCUAACAAGUUAUCCUUACCCAUCAUUCUAGACCGAAGGGCAUGCUGGGAAUGGUUUGUCUGUGAGAUUUUUUAGCUAUAGGUAUUUUUCAACUUCCAGUACAUAUGUGCCAUCCUUGGUGUUAUCAACCAUUUGUUUAAAAAACAAGCAGUGAAGGAAUUCUCACAAGUUUAUACAUUUUGUUUGCCUUCAUUCGCUUCCAAAGCUACAUAUAUUGCACGGAGAAAGUAUUCCUGUUAUUAUUACACAUUUUUACAGUUUUCAACUCUACUGCACAUUCUGCUCCAUACCCACAUUAAAUAAUACUACAGUUUACUAUAGAAUACUACAGUACUUCGUAUAGAAUUCUGACGUAAAGUGUAGUGUAGUAAACUGUAGUAUACUAUACUAGACAUUGCAAUACAGCAUUUCCCAAACACCGCUGAUUCAAAUAAUCAACUCAUCAAGCUUGGAUUAUUUGAAUCGGCUGUGUAGUGCUAGGGCAAAAAUACAAAAAUGCACCCCUUGGAGUCUCCAGGACAGAGUUUAGGAAACGCUGCUGUAGUAUAUAACGAUCAUUUGCAGUACUUAUUAUAGAAUCGUGUAGUAUACUAUAGUAAAUACUACAGUAUACUAUGGACCACAAAAAUACUACAGGAAUAUCUGCAGAAACACUUCAGUAAUUACUGUAGUGUAUAUAUAUUACAGGAUUUAAUUUGUGUCUACCCUGCCCAUUCCCAUAUCCUAAUUUGUGGCACCAAUAAGUUACAAGCCUACGUUUGGUAUCGUAUAGAUUAUAUAUUGUGUUCCCUGCAGGUUAUAAAAAGGAGCAGAAGCUCUGAACUGUCUGUUCAGACCUCAGUCCUAUCUACCUACAGGUAUGGUAAAUUUUCUUUUGUGUAUUUUUCCAAGUAGGUUUCCUCAAGGAUAUCAUGUCAAAGAUAAUAAAACAAAAACAUUAUAGUAAAUACUACAGUUAUUUCCGCUAAAAACCCUACAGUAAAUACUACAGUCCGAAAAAACACUACAGUAAUUACUAUAAUAUAUACUAGUUUUUUCUUACUAGACUGUUUACUAUGAACAGUAAAUACUACAGUAUACUACAAUCAUGUCUGCAAAACUACAGUAAAUACUACAGUAUUCACUGUAUUUUUACACUACAUUCACUUUUCACUACAGUAUUUUUUUCACUCCACUGAAUACUACAGUAAAGUCUCCAAAAACACUACAGGGAAUACUAUAGUAUUUAACUAAAUAGUAUUUCAUGUGGGCAUGCACAACUGAAAAGCUGUUGAAAUGAAACCAGAAAGUGGGUCUUUAAAAUGACUCUGAUAUUUUUGACAUUUGAGACUGUCCUCUACCGCCCAGUGAAACAAUAUGGUUAAAUAUAAUUGUAUGUAAAAAAUAUAUAUAUAUAAUUAACACUACAAAUCUUGUUUUUUGUCUGAUGUUUUUUCCUCCCUAAGCUGCUGCUUAAAACAGGUGUAUUGCAAAUCACACAUUAAUAUUUUUUAAGACAAAAUUCUACACUAUGCAACUUUGUACAUUUUGCGUAGCAAGACUUUAUCUGAUACACUGGUGCUAAUAAUUAUUUCAAAUGUUAUAUUUUUGUGUGAAUGUUUUUUAUUAUGAUAUAGAGUGAGGAAAUAUUAUUUGUGUAAAUAUAUGCUUAAAUGAUUCAGGGCUGGCUGAUUGUUAAACCCAAGACCCAGCGGCCACCUCGUAUAGGUUCUAUCGCAAAAAAAUCAACAAACCUCCACAUAAUAUAUAAAUAUAUAUGAUAAGUUCUGUGGUAUAAUAUGCUUGCUUGUGUACAUGGCUCGGUGUUGUUGCCUCAUAGCUCUGCCAUUAUUAAUUUGUGUUUAAUUAUCUGUGGGUGGUCACCAAUUAAUUGAUGAAUGCUUUUAAAACGAGAUCAAAACAAUGCUUUUAAAACACCUUUAUCCUUGACUGAUAACUUCAGGACUGUGUGAGGGAUGGCCCUAAAGAAGCCAUCGGUCUACAUUAAGCCUAUCGUUUCAUUUUACUGAAUUUAAAUCGACUCCCAAGAAAAUAGUAGUUCACCAUUUAGUGUUGUGUCUUCAUAUGUGGUCAAUAUUCACAUCACUCAGUUCCUAACGAGGGCGUCACGAUUAUCGCACACAUUACGUUUCAGACAAACAUUCUUUUCACACAUAAUUGUCUCCUCACACGUUCGCUACUCGGUGUCCUCGCAUUUCAGUAGAACAGCAGGGAUUUUGUUGAUGGGUCCAGAACAUCAGCCAGCCAGCCAGCCGCGAUACAGUAAAUGAAUAGGUUAUAACCUGGAGACCACUCAUCCUUCCCAUUCAACAUCUCUCAUCCUCAAUACACCAAUACUCACUCCUUUCCUUAGCCUACCUUCUAUCGUGUUAUUUGUUGGAUAGUUGUUAGCUAACCUUUUACCCACAAUUUUAUAGAUGUGGCAGCGGCUAAAACGAUGUACACUGCAUUGGACCAUCUUCUGCCGUCUCUUAACCCUCCAGGCUACCACACUGCUGUGGAAGAAUGUGCAGCACAUACUGUUUGAUGUAUAAAACAGUAUUUCUAAUUUAUAAUGUACUCAAGUAUUUGUAUUAUUUUGUUGCAGUAGAUGAUGAUAUGUAUGUGUUGCACAAUCUUGUUGUGGUCAUUUGGCUAUGGAGGGCAUGUUCUGUUGUACAAUAUAAUACAAAGGCACCAAUUCACUGCAACGUUUAAUUUGUGAGGACCUGAGAAAACCCUGUUUGUGACCCAAUUGCCUGUAAAUCCAAUCGUAACAUUUUAAAUAAUAAAACAAAUAUUACAGGAA